AUGGGAAAAUGUGCCUAUGAGGGCGCAUUCAGCCUUUAUGAAGGCUUAGAAGAUUUCAUCGUGAAUCAAGGAGCCAAACCCACUGCAGCUCUGAUCGUGGGAGACAUCGCAUAUGGCGGUGGCAGCCAACUGGUGAACAACGCCACACGUCAUGCUUUUCAGAAAUAUCUCCAUGGCCAAGUCCCUGUGGAUCGCGUCUAUCCGGUGAUGGGCAACCAUGACAUUCACUUCCUUGGGUGCAGCAAGGGUGAAGUGCUCACCCCGUUUCUGCCCUGCUACUAUGGAACUGCCCACACCAGUGUGGUGUCCAACUACGAGAUGACCUUUUCGUGGGAGACCCAGUGGGAUGCCACGGGAGACCCACGGGAGACCCACGGGGAAACGGGGCCGACGUGGAUCGCUCCUUUGCGGUACAAUCUGAACCUGGACAAUCGAAGCAGUGUCCACUUCAUUGCUGGGCUCAUUUCUGGGGUGUACCGAACCUAUUGGAACAACGACACCCCAGCUGAGACUGGGCUGAAGUUCCCACAGCAUGUCCCAUCUUUUCGAUGGACCUCGGUCAUGGGGGUUGUGGCUGUGGAUGCCAUGGGUUCAGGUGGGGACACCUUGGAAUGUCGCUUCCUUCGGGACUCUCUGGAGGAAGGUCGUAGGCUCAAGAAAAGCAUCUUCAUCUACAUGACGCACAACUUCGCGAAAGCCUGCAAGGACUGGAGCCUCAUCAGACAGUUGGAUGUGUGGAUCACAGGGCACAAGCACAGCCGAUGGCAAUCCGAACCUUCGCGUUCCGAGAUGGCUCAAGAGUUCCGGCACUAUCCCUUGCGGAUUCUGAUUGGCAACGGUGGCUUCGACGAGGGCGCCAGCGACACGGUCAGCUUCGGGCACCUGAGGGAGGUUCCCUACAAAGAUGGUGAUCAGGAACGCGUGAAGCUGCACUUCGACAUCUACGACACCUGCAUUUCAGACGACUGGCAUUGUCCCCUCAUAGGUUUGACGGGCCCCUACUGCUGGGACAAAUGUCAAGCAAUGCCCGGUGGCAUCGAUGGUGGGGGUGGGCCCCGCAAGGCAACCACAGGACUUCACUUCAGUGGCUUCACAUUCGAUGCGCCACGGGCCAAUGCUGCGCCAACGGAGUGGG